CUAUAUUUAACACACUACUUAAGAGAAUUAAUACAGCAUUACUUUCUAACACAACACAUAUAAUAUUCAUUUUAGUAUGAAUUGGUUGUGAAAAGCCAAUCGUAAAAUGCCCAUUUUUCACAAGGUGAAAUGUACUUUAGGCAUGAUGAAUGCCUGGCUGGUAGGUGGGUGGUGGGGUGGUGCCCAGGGCAUUGCUGCUGUCAUGUGACAUCUGACAGUCUGCUCACAGGUUUUGCAGUGCCUGGAGGUUUCUGUCUCGGUCACUCCCUGGUGAAAUAGUUUUUGCAGGGGAGCGGGGAUGCCAUGAAAAUCUGGAAGAAAAAAAAUCUCUGGCCCUGCGCUUGGAAAACCACUGUAUGAGGUCCUGUUUCUUGCUCUUUCUCCAGUUCCACAGCACUAGCAGGCUGAAACAUCAAACAUCUGGAAGGCUGCCAGUCUGUCCAGGCAGGAAGAAGAUAGGAUGGACAGCAGCACUGGCCUUGAGCGGGAUAGAGACCGUGCUGCUUCAGGGCAUGGCCAGGGGCUGAAAUUGGAGCCCUGUUUCCAGACUGACUCUCUCUUGCCUUCCCCCAGUGCAUCCCUGAUUCCACAGCUCCUCAGCCACACAAUGGUUGGCAGGAAUUUGGAUCCCACCGUUCUCUUCCCUUCCUCUCAGGCAGUGGCCCUGCCUCAUGACUACAAAUGUGGUGCAAGCCUUGGAGAAGAAGCACAAGCCCUGGCUUUCCCCAGGACCCGCGCCCCAGCUCCCUUGCCCUGUGCUGGUGGUGGGGACCAGCUCUCCAACCAGCACCCACAGGAGCAGCUCUGUGACCAGCACCUACGAGCCAAGCGGGCCAGGGUGGAGAGCAUCAUCCAGGGCAUGAGCCUCCCACCAACCCCGCAGGCAUCUGACACGAGCCUGGAGGCAGCUUUUGGGCAUGAGAGGGAAAGGGGUGGGGAGAUGCCCCAGGAGAGCAAGAGGAAGCCAAGAGUGCCCCAGCAGGGCAUGGGGGCAGCCGGAAGAGUGGCUCCCACAGGGGGCAGCUCCCAUGCCAAGGGCUUCCAGCAGCUGAAAGAGCAGCUCUGCUUCUUAGAGCAGCAGCUAUGGUGGCUUCAGGAGAAGUUCUACCAAGUCUGUGACUCUGAGGAUGCUGCCCAAACGCAGGAAGAUUCAGAGACAGUGCAGCCACUGCCUGGAAAGCCCCAAGACAGACUGAACAAGGACAGUGGCACUGCCACCAGCAACCCACGGCGAGUGCCUCUCAGGAGGAGUGUCCUGGAGGCGUGUGGGCUGGAGGAGGCUGAGGACACAGGUAACACAGGUGGCCUGCCCUCGGCAGUGAGGGUGCUCUCACAGGCACUGAAGCACGAGCUGUCUGUGGUGACAUGCCACGUAGUGGACUCUGUCCUGAAGACUCUCUGGCCAAAGGCAGACAGCCACAUCCAGAAGCAGCACCACAGCCCUCCGAUGGGGCCAGAUGCCAGGAAAGAGUAUUCUGCUGGUGGGAAAUGCAGAAAGCCACUUGCUAAGCCAUCUGCCAUGAAUGCACCAGGCUCCCUGGGCUCACCCCAGGCUGAGGCCUUGACAGGAGCUUUGGGGAAGAGCCUGGGCUCUUAUGCUGCCUCCUUCAGCUCAAAGGGGGUCAGAAAAUCCUCUCGGGUACCCAGCAUGGGUUAUUCCCUGGGCUCAGCCAUGCCUGUCCAGCACAGCCAGCUGCUGAGCCAGCUGUUGGGCCAUGGCCAGCACAGCCCCUGGGGCAGUGACUCUCGUGAGAGCCCAUCUGCUCUGGAGAGGGGUUGUCCAGAGCCCCUCAAGCUGCCCUGGGGAUCUGUUAAACUGAGGUCAUUGAUUGUGAGACAGCAGCAGCACCAUCCCCUACCCCUGAGCCCUGCCAGCAUGGAGAGCCUGGCACUGCUGCCAAUGCAGGAGGUGCUGACCCCUGGGCACCUGAAGAAGGCCAAGCUGAUGUUUUUCUUCACCCGCUACCCCAGCUCUACUCUGCUGAAGACCUACUUCCUUGAUGUGCAGUUCAGCCGCUGCAUCACCUCCCAGCUCAUCAAGUGGUUCAGCAACUUCCGUGAGUUUUACUACAUCCAGGUGGAGAAGUUUGCCCGGCAGGCCCUGCUGGAGGGUGUGGUGGAUGCUUGCACUCUGCAGGUCUCCCGGGACUCAGAGCUCUUCCGUGCCCUCAACAUGCACUACAACAAGGGCAAUGACUUCGAGGUGAGGAGGGGGACAGGGGAAAGGGGGUGGUGGUGUUUGUGGGGGUCAGGAGGCACCAUGGCAUGGUGGUGUCACUGGCUGGUGCCUGUCUUGCUGCAGGUGCCAGGGCGCUUCCUGGAGGUGGCCAGCCUGACACUGCAGGAGUUCUUCAGUGCCGUCAGGGCAGGCAAGGAUGCCGACCCCUCCUGGAAGAAACCCAUUUACAAAAUCAUUUCCAAACUGGACAGUGACAUCCCAGAAGGGUUCAAAGCUGCUGGCUGCUCCCAGGAACUGCUCCACAGCUGAGUGUCUGUGAAAGCAGCUCUGGGUUGUGUGUGCAGCCACCAUGUGCACCUCAUGGGCACUCUGUACAGUACCUGUUAUUUGAGGUAUUCUCUCUCUGAGAGCCAUGCACUCUCUGUAAGACAGCUUCUUAGGUGAGGCCUAUCACUUCCCUCAUGUGCUGGGAUUUUAUGCUGCAUUGCAUAUGCUGCAUUAUGUGCAUUUUAUUCUGCUGCUCAGAACUGGUGAGGACUGCCAGAAGGGACAGAGAUGAAGCCAUCAGGUUGGAGCCUGAGAAGUUGCCCUGUUCCAGCUCUCCCUAUGAUCCUGACUGAGCUGCCUUCAUUCUCUCUUCCAGAGGGUCAAAAACCAGGGCAAACAGCCUUGCUGUUUAUAAAACAGGAAGAGGUCCUAGUAGUGGGCAAAGUUUCCUUGGCACAGCAGACUAGCGGAUGUACCGAGUCCAAAAGCAUGACUCAGUUUCUGUCCAGAUACAACACACCAGUGUCCAAAGAAAACAGCUGGUGAAUUCCUGCGCUUCAAGCACUCCAUGGGGAUAGCUGUUCCUGUCUGGGAUAUGUAAAAACUAUGUUUGUUGUAGCCAACAAGAAUAACAGUCUCCUCUACCUCCCCUGUGCUGUUAGACCAGAUCCCCCCGUGCAGCUCUGUGCUGUGGCCAAGCAGUGCGUGCUCUCCAGCAGUGUUCUCUGGCAUGCUGGAGGAGAGCAGGGUGCACAGCCUGCUCUGCUUGGCACUCCAAAGAGUCUCCAUCAGCCCACCACCUGGGAGGAAACCCCCAUGUUAAACAUCCAUCCACAUUCCCUCACACCGCGCUCCUGCUGGCAAAACUGCCCCAAGCAUCCUGUACUCUGCCCCUGGUGAAAGAGGAGAAUGUGACUUGAGAUCCAUUAGUCCCUGUGGGUUUAACACAAGCUGGGGAAGAACUGGGCCUUGACAUCUAUAACCCCAUUGCUGUAAGGGCUGUAAACUCAAGGAAGUUUCUUUACCCUGUGGCCAAGAUUUAGUGACCACUUUUCUACCUGAUGGAGAAGUGUUUUGUGUUAAGGGCUCUCUAAUCCUGACAGAGGUGGCAGUGGAGAGGAAAAGGCUGUGAAGAGGAGGGAGUCCUGACAGAGGCAUGGCACGAGGGCACUGGGAGGGCAGUGAUGAGCCACAAGAUACUCACACAAAACCCUCAGGGAGAACACUGGGAAAAGGCCAAGGUAAUUUUGGGUGUGCUGUAAGGUGUCAGCUGGUACUAGAGUGCAGCAAGUGACUCUUGAGAGGAGAAUCACAGCUCCAGCAUCAGUCAAGUGCAUGGGGUGAUCCACAGGCAAUGCACCUACAGGAGUAAAGAAGUGGAAACAUCAGGACAUAAUGGGGAGCUCUGAAAUAGGGGCAGUUUGACAAUGGGUCUCCCCAUUACGAGUGUGGCCACCCAGAUUUCCUGCUUCUUUUUGUAUAUUUAUUUCUCCAAGUUUGUAUAUUUUACACCACCAACACAAAAUUUACAUGAUUCCUUUUUAAAUAAACACAUUGUUUAAGUUACCCCUUUACAUCCCUGAUGACCUAUUUGAUGAUGUCUGUUCUAAAGAGUUAUCCUAGAAAUUUCUGGCCUUUUGCUGGGAAAAAUAACACUGCAGAAAAAGGGCAGUCCUUCUGCCAGCACCUCUGUGGGGUCAAGCAGGCCCCACUAACCAAAACCAGCUCCUUUAAACCUUCCCCCUCACCCCAGUGCCUCAUGGUUAGUCUGCUCUGGAGUGCAACUUGUGAGGAUCAGCAAGGGGGCUGGAGGCACACAGAGCCAUAUCCCAAAGCUUUAGGGUGCUGGACUCAAAUGUACAACAUCAGAUAAAUGCUGCUGGUGAUACCAUGAAUGUGCCAUUCCUGCAGGCAAUAAUGACCCCAGAGCUUAAGUAAUGCUUUGGAUAGGCAAAACCAAAGCUGCUGGAAAGGGGAAUGAUGGACUGGCUUAGGGAAGGGUCAGCAAAUUCAUCUGUUCUAGCUAAAUAAUUAGGGAACAUAAGGAACAGGUUUACUGGAGGCAUCCUGCUGAAACAAAGCCUCUCACACAGAGCUCCUGGUGGGGGAAGCAGUUUCUUGUUUCCUGUGGUAACAUGCAAGUCCAUGAGCGUCAGUAAAACAGCAGAUGGGGGACUGAGGACAAGACAGUGCUCCAAAUCGCAGUCACACAGUGGCUGAGGUUGUAGGAGAUGUCUGGGGGUCAUCUUGUUAAACCCCCUGCUCUAGCAGGGCCACUGAGAUGGCUGCCCAGGACCAUGUCAGAGGGGUUUUAAGUGUCUCCAAGGAGGGAAUGUUCAUGAAAGGGUCCUUCCCUCAAACACACAUUAAUGAAGACAUUUAACAGGACUAGACUAUUUGCAGCAGUAUUUUUGCCCCAGUGGUUGUCUAAUAAUUACAAGUGGGAACUAAAGAGCUGUGUAUUACACUGGUUUUUGGGAAAUGUGGGCCAGUAUGACCACAACAAACAGCAUCUGGCACCUGUUACCCUUUGCCUGUGCUGAGGUCUCACUACUUGUAUCCAUGGGUUCUAUUCUUACCAUGUAGAUUUCCCAUCCAACAAAGAUGUUAAAAAAACCCCCAAGAAACCCCAAAAUAGACAAACAAAACACCCCCAUAACAUCCUCCCCAAAACAACAACAACAAAACCAAAACAAACUCUCAGAAAACAAAACAAAAGGCCCCCAGCAUGGCUAGAGAGACUGCAAAGGACUCAAGAUUACAGGCCACUUGAGCCAUUGGCUGGCAUCUUCUUUGGCAGCUUUUUAACCUCUGUCUACCUUCAGCCAAGUGCGACAGAGACCACAGAAGCGUCAGAGGUGCAGAGGUAGAAUCUUCCCACUUUUUUGUCACCCUGUGGUCCUCCUGCAAGCAGAGAUCCUGCCUGGGGAGCCUGGAGUGCAGCUGCCUCCUCCAGGGCCACUUGUCUGUUUGGAAGCAAGGGUGGUGCACUCAGACAGGCACAGCUCUGCUGCUGAAGCUGAGUGAGCUGAAUCAAAAAGCCUUGUGCUCCUAUGAGAGCCUGGGAGAGCAGCAGGCAGCUGAGAAAGAAGGAGCUCACACUGCCUUCCCUCCUACCUAAGUCACAAAGUACUGAUAUGGAGAAGGCAGUACCUCUGCUGGGAGGUGGGGAAAGCUGGAGUUACUCUAGGGGCAAUGGAGCCUGAAGAGUGAGGGAAACAGGGUAUGAAUUCCAACACUGUCCAGUUACUGGUGGGGUUCUGCAGGGCUCCAGUUCUCUUCAACAUCUCAAUGACUUAGGAACAAAGGAAUACUCAGAAUACUAAGUUUGCCAAUGUUAACUCCCUUGAGGGCAGAGAGGUCCUGCAGAGAGACCUCAACAAAUCAGACAGAUGGGCACCAAUUGCAUGAAGCUGAACAAGGGCAAGAGCUGGACUCUGCACCUGGGAUGGGGUAAGCCUGGCUGUGUGUCUCCACCAUCCUCAGAAGGUGAAGCAGAGGGGCAGGCACUGAUUUCUUCUCUCUGGUGCCCAGUGACAGGACUUGAGGAAAUGGCAUGAGGCUGAAUCAGUUUAGGUUAGAUAUCAGGAAAAGGUGUUUUACCCCGGGGGUGGCUGGAAACUGACACAGACUCCCCAGGGAAGUGGUCACAGCCCCAGGCUUGACAGAGUUCAAGAAUUAUUUGAACAAUGCUCUCAGACACAUGGUGUAACUCUUGGGGUGUCCUGGGCAGAGAGGGGAGUUGAAUUGGAUGAUCCUGAUGAGACCUUUCCAACUCAGCAUAUUCUAUGCAUCCAUGAAAUGAAGGUUUCACUACCUGUGCUGUGCAGAGCAUGGUGUGUAAGGUCAUUUACAUUCUAGUUGUACCCAAGACACAGAAGCUAGUUUUCAAACAAAGCCUAAUGGGUGCCACCACAGAGAGAGUCCUUCUGAAAAAGUGAGUCUGCUUGGAGGGCUGAGGGGAGAAGGGAGAGCUGCUGCCCACACAGAGACUAUGGUCAUGACUCCCAGGCUUGGCUGGGCUCUUGCUUCACCAUUUCCCACUAAUUAGCCAAGGAAAUAAUUUGGGUAGUGCAGUCACUACUGCUGAGUUUCACCUUUAAAUAAAAAAAAUCCUUUCCUUCCCUCUAUCCGAAUUUCUGUGGUACAUGCAGAAACCCACAGGCACUCGUAACUAUCUCCUCUGGGAACAAUUCCUCAGGGCUAUCCUUUAACAUUUCCAAUUGCAUUCCCAGCCCAUCCACAACAGCACACAGAGUCCACACAGCUAUACAGCAGCAAAGGCUGCUAAAUAUUUAAAAUCACUGAUUCCUGCCUCCAGGCUAUGGCUGCUGAAAGAGGGAGGUGUGACCACACUGACUAAGCUGGCAAGGGCCUGAGAGCUCUUAUGUACUCCUCUAUGUUAAUACCUACUAUAAGAGCCCUUAUUACUCAUAUGUAGCUAAUUAGAGCUUGAAGAAGUUCCUACUGAGUAUUUGCCCUGUAUGCCAAAAUAGUUUGGGGGAAAUUGACAAUAAAACAAAUCUGUUUUUUCAUUUAUUUCAUUUAAUGACUUGCACCUGUCUACAGUGACUGAACCAGCCCUAGAAGGUCCCAGCUCAAAAAAUGUUUGUGAAAGGGUCCUUCCCUUGAACACGCAUCUUAGAUUCUUAUUUGACAUCAGGGCAGCUCUCCACAUAAGUAUCCCUUAGUGAGCCAGUGGCCCAUGUUCAUGAAAACUCAGUAUUUGCUGUCCCAUUAUAAGCACUGGAAGGACAGAUUAAUCCAGUGUACAAUUACCACAUUUGAGAGAUGUGACUUUUCACUGGACAAGACAGCCCUUCCUCUGCCUCUUGAGCACAGUGCUGCCUGUGCUGCAGACCAAGCACCACCUGGGGAGAAGGUGAAGCAAAAAAAAAAAUGCAUGGAGAGACUGUGGAGAGCAGUCUUGAGAAUAAAACAGGCUGUGGGUCACUCAGGACAGACUGGUAUGUCUAGCUGAUAGCAAAAGCUUUUUCCUUUUGCACACCAAGAAAUAAUGUAUGACUUGAACCAUGGACCAGAACAUGUGAACUAGGGCUCUGCCAGGUGCCAUUGCAGAGCAGCAGCCAGGUGAGCUGUUCUCCCUUGACUUACUCAAUGAAAGCCCUGUUUUGCCAGUGGGAAAGGAGCCACACAGCCAUGGCUGCCCUGGCUCACCAGCCUGCUGUAGCAGCUCAGGUGCAGAGAUGAGGAUGCUGGAGAAGGGAGAUUGGAGCUUUGACCAGACAUGACACCACAGGCUUGACACCGUGACAGGGAGGCCAUCCUGUAACCCAGGGGCUUUUGAGGGAGAUACUCUGAUCAAGGGCACACAAAGGAGUGAGCACAGCCAGCCUCUGCUGGAAGCUGUCUCCACCACCCAAACCCCACAGGCUGGUGCUUGUCUUGGAGGGGGGUGGCUGGGGUGGGAGAAGAGGACAGACAGGCUGUGAGAGAAAAAGCACACACAUAUGUACGUCCAUGCAUAUACAUACACCAAACCAUUAAAUCAGUUUUUAAAAGCAAGCCUGGUAGAGAAGGAUUGAGAAUGGCUAUUCAAGUAAAACCAGGGAGAGCUGUGCACAGAUCUGAAGAAAAAGCAGAUUUAAGUCAGCACUCAACACUUGUGAGGACAGAGUUCAUAUUCAUAUACUAAUUCCUUCUUAUCUAAUUAUACUGGCUGCUGAGUGGCAGGUGAAGUCUCAUGUUCAACAUUUUCCUUUUUCUGGUAACAUACAAACAUUAGACCUAAAAUUUGAGAAAAUUUCUGUUUUUCUUUCCUUUAGAUAGCUUUUAGCAUUUUUACAGCAAGCAAUCCCCCCGUCAUCAUCUUCUGCAGUAUUUCUACAGGCUUUCCAAAUUUAGUCAUGUUAUUUGGCACUAGGCUUUUGAUUAAAAGUUUAAAGGGUAAUUUUCACUUUAUGUACUGGGGUUAAACACUAUUCUUGUUUUUGCUAAGCCAGUAAAACAGGCACUACAGAUGACCUACUAAGCAACUCUUAAUGACACAGCAUAAAGUCCAACUAGCAUGAACUAAAGUGGCAGCUUCCCUCCUGGUGUUUAUUGCCUUCAGAUUAGUUGUUUUACUAGAUUUAAAAGGAUCAUUUUAAAAUGUGCCAGUCUGUACCCAAUAGCUCAAUCUUUUUAUCUUACUACAAUCAUAGAAAAUAAGCAGCUAAAACUAAGUGGUGAAGUGAAAAGGUGAGUAUAUGAAAACUACAAAUGGAGGAAAAAACCCCAUGACACUUCAAGGAGGAUAUUUUACUGGAUUUCCCAAAGCACAUUUGUGUCACCCAUAGCUUUACACAAAGAAAUGAUAAAAAAUACCUUGCAUUAUUUAAAAAAAUACCUAACAUGUACACACAUAAACAUGUAUCUAUAUAUCUCAAUAGAAAACCUCUCCUCAUUUGGUUCUCAGAGAGCAAACACAGAAUAUACAACAACUUAGGUAAUUGUUUUUUAUGUCUCGUUUCCAGCUUAUUAAGAAAAUGUAACCACAAGGAGAAUAAUAAAAGCAACAAAGAAUUCAUGCUCAAGGGAAAAGUGAGGCCAGCCCUAUAGAUCUCUGCAUGUACUAAGUCCCUAUUAUUGACAUUGCAACCUGUGUUGAAAUAAAAACAAUUACAAAGGUUCAUUUUAGAUAAAAUGCUUUAGGGAUAGUACCUACAGUUACAAAGAGGUAGUGCUGUAAAAUGGUGUUUUUCAAACCCAGAGUGCUUGCCCCUCUUGCACAAUCAUUAUAAAGCUGAACUAUCACCUGUUCAUGUUUCCCAAUGUCCAAGGCUGCAGCUGUGAGCCCACAGAUUUUCAGUUUGUUGGAAGGCUGUGCCCAUAAAAAGGCAUUUCCUUCUGAGCACAGAACACCAGGUGCUUUUUACUUGGCAGUGCUCUUCAAAUAACCUCUUGGGAAAGCACAAGCUCCAGUGUAGCACCCAGAGUCACUGCUGCUGUCAGAGCUCCACUGCUCUGUGACUUCAAACAAAACAUUUUUUCUUUGACUUCAAACAAACCACUUAUUCCGCAGCUAUCUAACCCCCGAGCUUCACGGCAAUCACCUCCAUUUCUGACUAAACUUCUAGUAAGCAAUGUUAUCCAAAAGACCAGGGCAAUUCUUACAGGAACUGGAAGCAUCAGGAAGUAAGAAACAUCAUCUCGGUAAUGGUCUCAGCAGUGACAGCAUUCAUGGCACAGUUCUUGGCUGUAAUGAAGUUGUAGCAGACCAGGCCAAGGAGGGAGUGUGUGAUCUGGUGAGAAAUGUUCUGCUUCAAAAACUUCAUGGAGCUUUGAUUAUUUAUUGAAAUGUACAGAAGUGACAAUACUAUACUCACCCAUGUGUCAGCACACAACUGGAGACAUGUCCAUGAACACUGUAUGACUUGCUUGUGUAAGCAUCUUCCAAACUGCAGUGUAACCAGGAUGCUGCUGGCAAUGUUUUCUGCAUUUGAAUAGUCAUACAGACCAGGGAAACAAAAUCCUUGCAGGUCCUGGGCUUACUCAUAAAGAUGACUGCACGUCAUUUUUUAGAAGGGGCCACCUCAUGCUAGGAGGAAUGACCUUUGGAUUGGUGUUUCUUGACAAGUUACACUGGAGAAGAUUGCAGUGGCACAGAGCAUCUGUUUGGUGCAGAAUAAAUUGUUGUGUGAACUCUUGAGUAGCUAAGACAAAACUACAGAAUCAUCUUUCUCUUGAGCUGUUGUAAGGCUGUUUCUGUAAAACUGCUUUGGGUAUGUCAAGGAAGAAAAACAAGCAAUUUCUUUCCUUUACACCCUCAGCAACACCAAUGACUAUCCCAUCCCCUGGUAUCUAGUGGUAUUGAUACACUCUAAACACCAUUCCACCAUUGGUGAUGAUUUGCCUCCAAAUUUAUUGCCAAUGAAAAGCAAGUUUAGCUCUUCACUGUGUCAUGAAUCACAGGCCAACACUUAUGUGGGAAUACUCUAACUUGACAAAUAAUGAGUAUGAAGGCCUCAGUCAGUAACCACAGUUAUCAAUACAAGAUCUUACCUCUCUUAAUAUUACUGUGUGGCCUGUUAUGUCAGCCACAGCCAACCAUCCACCUCAGGGCCAUCCAAUUGCUUUUUUCUGCAGAGGCUGUUCUCUGGCAAAUAGUGGCAGUAGCAGUCCUUGGCAGAGCAGCUUCUCAUUGUAAACGAUGCUGGAACCAGUGUGGGAGGUAUUCUUUGGGAGCAUUGCACUGACAUCUCCUGAAAGCAAUAUGUAGUGCCCUGAAGGCCCUUUUAGAAAAGUUUACUGUGCCUUGCAUCAUCCCUGAGACAUAGUCAUGAUCCAAAGAUCUUGCUGUUUCAGCAGUUCACAAAACAGUUCACCAUUUCUCAAAGCUGCUCCUAUAAGCUUUUUGUGCCAGUUCAAUUGUCUUUAUUCAGUCUAUUAUUGAAUGCAAUUCAGUCUAUUAUUGAAUAUGUUUGCAACCAUUCAGUGACUUUUUCCACGGGAAAUAAACCAUAGAAUUGCAAGUCCACACCCAAAACAUAACAUCUCUAGCACACUGAAAGCUAAAGCCGAGAAAGGAUUCUCAGACUUAGGAAAUAAUAAUUAAGAAAUCUGGGGGAGAAGGAGGUAGAGAGGAUAGAGAAAUGCAAGCACUGUUGAUGUAACUCAGAUAUCAUGCAGGUGUAAAACAGAAAUCUGUAGAAGUAAUGAAGUAAUGACAAGGCAAGUAUGGCGUUCCAAAAAAUCCGGUCCUACCUGGGAAAGAUCUACAUGUGAUAGCCUAAAUCCUGUUACAAAUAAAGGAGCACUGAGAAUUAACAGGGAGGAAGGUUUUGUGCAGAUGCCUCUCCAAUGUCUGUUUUUCCCCAUAAGAUAUUUAAACACAGCUCUAGCACUGGGAAAGUGUCCUGCCAUGACAACUGAUUUCUGCACUGAUAAGACUGAGCACACAGUUAUGUUAUCAAUACACUUGACCACAGCAUGCCUUCAGACAUUGGGCAUGCCUCAGCACAUGAAUUCACAUCCCACACAACUCCAAACGACAAGACACUCAUCCACCAUCCUAUAUGAAGAUGGAGCAUUCCCCCAAAUGCAAAAUGGAAGAGGGAGAUCCAAAACAUCAGUAAAAUAAUUGCUUUAAAGGCAUCUGAAUAUUCUUCUCAAGCUACAUUUGAACCACAUACACUGCAACGAGACUACAACAGGUAGGCUUUGGAGUAAAAAUGAGGCUGUUUAUGCCCAAGUUAACUUCAGGGCCAUCCCUUCAGCCUUACAGCAGACUUUCUUUGGCUAUUGAGAGAAGGGAAAGAAGAUACAAAUAGUUAUAUUCUUAAUAAAGCAACAUGUAGAUUGCCAACUUCUUGGAAAAGAAUAUUCAUGUUCCUCCCUAACUGUAAAGUACCUCCUGCAAACUGUGCAGCACUCAUACUGCACAUUGUGCAAACCUAUUUGAACAGUUGGCAUUACAGCUGCAAGUUUGUUCCAUUGUGACAGAUCUCCGUAGUGCCUCUGGAUCCAGCUGAAGUUCUGAGUCUUCUUAGCAGAGAAAAGUUAGCAGGUUCUUCUACAAGAAGUAUCCUUGGUGUUUUGGCUUGGAUAUUUAUCCUUAUGUUUCUUCACUCCAAGAAGAAAAAAUCCAAAACCAAAACCCACAAAAGAUGCAAUAACUCUGGAAGGCUUCAGAAGCAUUAUUUCUUACUACAAUAUAUUUAAAGACUUAACACUCCAAAAACAGGUAUUAGAAAGUUAAAAUCCAUUUUCCAUUAGAAGUCAAACGUUGUAAAGGUUUUUGGGAGGAUAUAUAUGACCGUUCAAUUUUGAUGCCUCUCAUUAUAGCAGAAGAAAGAUCUUGUUCCAUGUUUAUACUCAGCAGGUUCAAUGAAGCACAAAAUCUUGACUGUGACCUGCAAGUGGUACUCUACACAACAGCACAAUGUUAAUCACUGAUUUUUUUUCAUAGAAAAGUAGCCUUUCCUUCAUGAAGUAGAAGUUACUGGUUUAUAACUGUAUCAGGCAAUAUGAAACCAGAAAAAUCAAAUUAUUCUGUAAUAAUAGCACGUUUUUUCCCCCCGAUUUAAUCCUAAUGUGAAUUCAAUGCUUUAGUGCCAUCUGAUUGUCAUUACCUGAAAAAUCUUGAUUUCUGGGUGACUGAGGACAUCUGGUACCAGACUAGUUGAUCUGUCCAUGCCUUCAAAGAAAAGAAUUUGGCAACUGUAGUUCAAGAGAAACUGGACCUCAAAGCAUAGCAGUAAAGACUCAUCACUUGCACAAGAGUUUUGAGCAUCCACAGAUGAAUAUAUUGAAACAAUGUGGGUGUUUGUCUGCAAGGUUUUCUGGCCUUCAAACAGUGAUAUGGUCUUCUCAAAAACCCAGAAGCCACACAUAUGCAAAGGCUUGUACAUGGGUCAGUAACAGCAGUCAAAUAAAACUUUUAUUACUGUUUGCAUCAAACUUACCAAAACAGAAAAAAACCCCCCUGAAUUGCUGUUUAAGAUAUCUUGUCAUCCACAUACAGUGUAUGUCACCACUGAAGUAAAUUUCAAUAGAAAUAUUUAGAGUUUCUGCAAUUAAAGGCUAUAUACACUCUGACACCAGGAAGACUUGCUGCUGUUCCCUUCCUGUGCUAAUCCCAGAGAAUUAACAUCCUACAAGAUUUAAACACAAAACAUUUUAGAUUUCAAAGACUUUUUUCUUUCCUUUGGUAAUGUUUCAGUUUACAUGUAACCCUUCAAAAGCUUCUUCAAGACAAACUGCUUUCUAAAUCUGCUUGCUCAACUAUACUCUUGACCUGCAGGCAAAAAAAUGGCAGGGAUUAACUUAAGAUUCUCCUCCAUAAACAACAGUAGCUAGUUGAGCUAGUAGCCAGUAGCUAAAUGAGACAUCUCAGAUAGUGGAGCUGCUAGCACAUUCUACCCACACAAGACAGAUUCCAGCUCUGAUAAUUAGAGUAAAAGUACAUGAACUUCUUUUCCUUCUUUGGGUUUGGUUUCCCCCUCCCCCACCCCAAGGACCACUGCAGUUAUAAUUUCUCUCCAAAGACAGCAACAUCACAGGAAUUGAUGAUGACAACCUUGCAGUCUUAAGGUAUUUUUAAGAGUACUAACUGUUCAAACAGUAACUUCAUAUAGGAAUAUACUGGUCCCAGCAGACAGUUCAGAUGCCCUCCUAAAGCAUAGCAUGAGGAAUUUCUGGUGUAAAGCUGAACAUCCAUUCAUACAGGUGUACAUUGACCAGUUACGGAAACAAAAGUUGUCCCUGUACACACAUACAAGGGAAACAGUAUAGAGAAACACUUGACUGACAGACACUCCAGAGACAAGCAGUAGGGAGAGGUCUCCUCCCGCAAAAAGAUUCAAUCCGGGAGUUCCAUGAGGUAGAAAAAUCUUAGGAAAAAAUGAAACUGUGACAUUUCCACCAAGACAACUUUACAUCUUUGGUUCUGCAUAUUGAAAUACUAAAUCCUACAAUUCAAAGAGACUAGAGCCUCCUGUCAAGAAACCUGUCACAGAAUAGAAAAUAUAAGCAACUUCAAAACACUUCUGCCUCUCCAUUUGCACUAACUUACUGUGCCUUUGUUUGGUAACAGUACUUCAGCUUACCUGAUUUAAGCAAAAUUGUCAAUAAAAAUACAUUCUUCUUCCAAAGAGUAUUAAUCAGCUAGAAGGUGAUAAUUUACCUGAAUGGAAUAUUGCUGUUAUUAAUUUUCCAAUCUACAUUCAAGAGGAAGACUUAAGGCUCCAGGCUGCAGAUUCAGUACCAUGCAAAUUUGGAAGAGAAAUCUCAGUUGCUGGAACACUCCAGAGGUAAGAAUAAAACAAAGCAGUUUCAUCAUGAAGAAGUAAGUGAUUAAUCCUGAGCAGAAAUAGUAAGUGUUCCUUGGAGUAAACAGUCCUUUAGUUUGUUGAAGGAUUCUGACUCACGCAUGUAGAAAUAGAUGAACAGAAGAGAAAACAAUUUUGAUUUAAGUUUUACAAGAGAAUAAAGAUGAUUGUCCUAGAGGCUCAAAAUCAGAAAUGUGCCAUUCAUAUUUUAAAUUCUAUGAAACUUUUGUUCUUUGUCUUCUCAUUUCUCUUAUGACAAGAAAACUAAGUAUAACCACAGUUUAAGAAUAGCUGAUGCUCCAAGUGCACAGAUCUCAAGUGAGAAGGCUACCUCUGCUCCUCAAAUAUUUUACCUCAUAGUAUGCAAGUUGUCCUGCUGCAGUUUGAUCACAAAUUGUCAGUGGACCCAAGAUCAGAAUUUAGAACUCAUUUUCCAGAAGUUAUCUGAGAAACAUUAAACAGUGAAGAGAGACAUAACAGAAAGAAACCAUAUAUCUAUCAUUAUUUAGCUUCCUGAUGAUGCAUGCCAUGCGAACAUUCCAUAAGCAAAGAAAACGCAGUACUGUUUCUCCUUUCCAGUCCUUGAAUGCUGAAUUACAAUACUCCCAGGAGAGUUCCAGGCCUUCAUUUCAGUCAGCUCACAGCUACCUAGCUGCAUGCUGCCAGAGACAGCAUGAACUUCAUAGCAAAAAAGCAUCUUUUGCUUCCAAACCCAGCUCAACCACAUUUCUCCAAAUCCAAGGUCUGUCCAGUAUUGCAUGGGUGGCAACAACAUGAGAUGGCACAGUCUGCUAAGGGAAAUUGUCUCCUAAGGGCUCAAAAAAUGAUUCAUCAUGACAGCUGCAUUUAUAUAAAUGAACAAAGUAUUUUUUCUUCUGGUAAUAAUAAAUUUGUUUAGGUGUCCCACAAGCAGAAUUACUUUAUUCCUUUCAAAAGGAUUCUCAAAGUGUCCUGGUGAUGUUGAAAUCUCAAAUUGGGAAAAACUGAUUUUGGCUGGUGAGGUCACGUUCUUCUCUCUCAUUUGAAAGCACACUACCAACAGACUAUACUUCUGUAGGAAUCACACUUUCUAAUGUGACUUGCAACUUACAGUUCUAUGAUAAUUUUUAACUAUUCAACUGCAUUAGACAUGGGCUUUUUGGGGAUAGGUUCAUAUUUGUUUCAGUGUAAUGUCACAACUCUAUUUUUCCGAUUCAAUCCUUUCAGAAAAGAUUCUACUGAAAUCUUCUCAGUAUCCCCAGGGUUACCUGAACAGUUGCUCAGAGAUUAAAAGGCUUCUGAAAAUAUUUAAAACAACGCCUUACAAAGAGAAAAGAGCAGUGAUGUAUUCUAUGUAUUGACAGACAGGCAAGGAAAAACUAAUGGACAGGGUUAACAAAGAUGACUGAAGCAAAGUCCAAAAAAUGCCAAACUCAACUUGAUGUGUGAAAAGUAAAACUAACUUGUACCAAUCCCAAUUCUUCCCUUCAAAAGACUCAGAAGUAAUAAUGUAAAGUAAGUUAUUUAUCUUUGUUGAUGUAAAAAUUCAAGGAAAACAGAAAAACAAAUUUCUAGAACUGACCUAAUACUCUCAGCUAUUAUUUCACUCUUUCUUACCAUAAUCAGACCAUAACAUUUAAAGAGCAAUCCUACAGUAAAACACAAGGAGACUGAGGAUGACAACUGUGCUCUAUUCACAUAGCACAGCAUGUUGCACAUUCCCUUGCAAAAACCACAUGUACUUAUCUCAUGAGACAGGUAGCUUCAACAUUAAAAAAAGCAAACUGACUUGAAAAAAACUGAAGUGUCAUAAGAAACUAUAAUUCACAGAAAAUACUGUUUUAACAGUCAACUUUGGUGAGAAGGUAGCAACUCCAUUCUGCAGUAGCUCAUAUUUUUUUCAGAGCUGAAUUUUUCAAUAUGAUGCACAGAAACAGCUCAACUUGGAGUUAGCACAAUUGCAUGCAUGGUCAAAGACUGAUCAUUACAUGAGAGUGCUAGAUGCAUAUCUUCCUAUUUAGGUACCAAUGAAAGCUGAAAUUCAUUCUGCUCAGUGCUGUGAAAGGUUCUACUGACAAUUUCAGCAAGCAUAAGAGUAAGAGCUAAAUCAGGAUCAUGACAAUGUAUUCUGUACUUAAGGACUUCCCAGACAGAAUCAAAAUCACUAAUUACCAAACUCUGGUUAGAAGCCAAGCAAGGGAUUAGCUAGCUAUUCUCAAUUCUGCCAGCAUCAAUGAUGAAUUUUUCCUUUUUGCUUGUUUUCUUCAGUCACUGAAUGUCUGGAGUAUGUAGAAUCUGCUAUAGGUUGUAGUUCUGGCAUAAGUUAUUUUCUUUCAGAGCCACUUCCCAUCAAGAAGUUGAAGAGUGAUCUGCUAAGCAUUCAAACCAACUGAAACAAAUGGCAAAGAUUAUGGAUAUAUUGAUAUUUCUGUACUAAAGAAGGAGAAAACAACUGAAACAACAACAACAAAACCCAAGCCUUUCAGCCUUUUCUGGUCAAACAGUCUGACAACAGUCUACAAUGGUAUGUUUUCAUAAGUGAAUUUUGCUUUAAACUUCAAGACUGAUAUAUUUUCUGCCAGUUCUUAUCAGAGUAAAAUAUAAUUUUAUGAAUAUUCUCUGCUCAUUUUUCUUUAGUUCUACAUGCACCACAGAAUAAACAGCAUGACAUAAUCUCUCAGUAUUAUCUGCUAAAAUAAUACAAAAAUAUGUAAAACCAGUAAACAGUAUUAUAACUUCUGACAGACACUAUCCAUUUGAAUGCUCCAGAAGUACUCUUUAGUCUGAAAAGAAAAAUGUUAGAAAAGGAUCUGGUACAGUUGUAUUACCAAAAAUACAGGCAAAAUCACUAUCAGUUCUUAAGAGUCAAGAAGCAGCAUCAACUCAUGGUGUGCCACGAGAACUUCAGUUUUGUUAUGAAAAACUGAGUAUAGACUGAAAUCUAUUUUACACAUACCUGAGAGUAACUUUUCCAAAGUGAAGCUCACCUGAUUUCCACAGCAAUACACAGUAUUCAUUUCUUGUUAGCUAUUAGUUUUCUUUUGCCAACAAUUCUCCGUCACAAUUCAAAGAGUACUUACUGAGCAACAUCUUAGAAGCAUAUAUGCUAUGUAAAGUAAGUGUAUGCAGAAGAUGUACAUUUAAUACCUUCUAUUUUAAAAAUGCUGCAUUCAGGGAGCUCAAUUUUCUUGUAUUAAACAUAUUUGGGGCAUAAUACAAGUUCAGCUAUUCCCCUUGUUUACUGAAGAACUUUUAAUCAUGCACCACAGAGAAGGCCAAGAAGCUGCCAAUACACCAAAACAUUAGAACGGCAAACAAACCCAUCUAUUACAACCAUGCUCUCCCUUUAACAACCUAAACUACACCACCACACCAGAACAAGCUGAUUUACCAACCUAGAUGCAAAGCACAAUGUAAUCACACAACAGAGAAGGAAAAUUCAGGACUUCAUUUUCUUUCCUCAGAAAGAUCAGGAGGAAAAUUCAAUUCAAUAUUAAAACAGCAAUUAUUUUCAAAUUUAAACAUACUUCCUGGUAUGACAUCGUAAAUGCAAAGCAUUUGCUUUGAAACCUGUGAGGACAUAAGAAAGUUUUCACCAUCAAACUCAAUGCUCUGCAGAAGUGAUAUCCCAGCAUCUAUGAAGAAUCUGUAUCACUUUUAGUAGUGUGGACUGUUAUUCACUCAUCUUUUUUUUUUCAUCAAGCUUAACACAUUUAUCAAAGGAAAAGAAGGGUAUAACUUCUGGUCUUUGUCACUUCUUUUAAUGAUAUAUCUCUAUGACUCAGUAGACUUAUGAAUGGAAUUAAAUACACUGAUAGGGAUUAGUGAUGAAUAAAAGACAUAAGAAGACCAAAACAAAUUUUCUAGGCUGCCCCUCAGAAAACUCUAUAGUACCUGUUUUCAUAUUGAGCACUAAAGACAAGUUUUUCAUACACUGCUACCUUGAACAUUACAAAACCAUCCAACAGAAUUCAUACUCACGUAGUAACGAAAAUUUGACAUAACUGAGAAACUAGGAUCCAAACAUAAUGAUAUUCCUGCUUUCCAAGAACAUGAACUCCUAAAGGCCAGCAAGACCUGGGGUCUUAAUGGAUCUGUCUAUGAGAAAAGAGCAAGUGAAAAACCUAGAAGACAGGACACAUUCCAGAAUAUGAGCACAGUAUGUCUUCCAGGUAAGGAUGGUUCUGAGCACUAACAUGUGAACACAGACCACAUUCAAAAUGUCAAACAAAAACCAUACUACAUGGUCCACCAAGAACACUGAGUUUAUAGUGAAAUUUAUUGUUCUGCUUCCUAAUACAAUAAGCUACAAGGUACAUACAGUAUAAAACGAGAACAUCCACAGAGCAAAGGUGAUAAACAUUCUGUGACGGUACAGUGGAGGUAACAUCUGUCUAAUCCUUCCACUUUAUCCCACAAAGAGCAGCUAAAACUACUGACCCUCCCCCUCCCUCCCCUCCAAAAAUAUUAAAAAGUAAACUUUCUCUCUCACUUAGGAGUAGUGGGAUUCAUUGAGUUUUUUGAGGGCACUGCCAGUUAUCUGCCAGUAUCUCAAGAAAAUUGCUGAAAUUAAA